UUUUACUUGCCUCUAAUCCCCAUAUACUUUUUCUAAAAAAAAUUUAUUUUCUUUCUUUUUUGUUUCACUUAUUAAUUAUUUGUUUAACGCAUGGAUGUGCUAAUAAUAAUAAAACAAUAAUCAAAACAAAGGAAAGAGAUAUUGAAGGAUUGUUAAAAAUCCCAAUAAAAAAAUUUUUUCCUGACUCUUCCCAAAUCCUAUCCAUUUUAAAAAAAUUUUCCUCCCUUCUCUAUUCCCAAAAAAUGCUUUUUAUUCUCUUAAUGAGAAUAUAUUUAUAUCAAUAUCUAUUACCUUUUAUUAUUAUUUUUUUAUAUUGUAUUGUAAAUCAAAGUAAUGCCACCUCACCUAUUCCUAAUAAUGCUUGUCCUAGUAAUCAAGUUUUCUAUGGACCUUGUAUUGGUGGGGAAUGCCCUCCUGAUUGUCCUGCUGUCUGUACUUGUAUUACGCGUACUAGAGCUUGUUGUACAACACUUCAAAAUGGGACUAAUGGUGGUGGGAGGUGUUUAACACUAGCUAUUGUAUAUGCUCGAAUAAUUACCCUUCCUCAAAUAAUUGUCUUCUCGAUUAAUUUUUUUAAAGAGAGAUUGAGACAACUACCCUCCCCCAAAUGCCUUACUGCACGUUCAAAUCUCAGAAUUUGA